AGACAGCAACCAGGCACUGCAUGUGAAGAGUGCAGAAAGAGGAAACUUCGUUGUGACCGGGGUCGACCUACGUGUGGGACAUGUUUCAAAAAUGGUAUUCCAUGCGAAAGGAGUACCAAACGAUUACCUAGGGGCCCUAAAAAGGGGUUUCUCAAAGACCUACGUACCCAUAUUGAACCCACAAAGCUGAUUCGUCGAAAAGAAAAUCUUGAAGAGAAGUUGCUCGAGCAGACGAGAGGCGAUUCUGAAGUCGCGUCGAAUCUCAGCGAGGCCCAUCGGCAAAAAGCAGAAAUUGGCAGCGGCGAAAGUGUACAAUGGGAUGGGCGACGAACAAGCAGAGGGGCGUCUGGUGAUGACCUAAAUGCUGUUUCAGAAAAGAGCCCAGGUCCAAGCUAUUCACCAUACCCUACAACACCGCUGAGUUCCCGUAGCACUUUCUUGACUGGGUGGGUACGGGCUGAUCUAGACCAGCUCUACUUCGACCGAGCACAUCCCAUCGUCCCUAUCUUGAACAAGACACGCUAUUUCUCAUGGGCGUCCACCGAUGAUGCCACAGCCUGUGGAGGCUACCGGCUGUGUCUACAAAACGCCAUGUGGACUCUGGCCAUGGCCAUGUCCUCCCAAUUUGAGAGUAUGCGUGAGUCCAUGUAUCGCGAGACCCGGAAAAUGUUGGAGGAGCGUGAGAGCGAGGAACACGAUAUGUCCCAACAACAUCUUGAACAGUUACAGGCAUGGCUCCUCUUGACCCACUACGAGUUCCUCCGCUCGAGCUACCGCCGAGCCUGGAUCAGUGCCGGGAGGGUCUUCCGGCUUGUACAGCUACUGAAACUACACGAAGUCGACAGUCCGCAGGCCAGCAUCAUGCAAGCGUUCGGAUCAUCCGUCGAUGAUGGUGUCACCGCAGAAGAGAAGAGACGCGCAUUUUGGUCCAGCUACUGUCUCGAUCUCGCAAUCAGUCCAGACAAGGGACUUCCGGUGACACUGACUGAAGAAGCCAUCUGCACCCGCCUCCCGAUGUCAGACUUAGAUUUCCAGAGCGGAAAUCCUGUCCAAGGCUGUUUUCUACCUGAGGCAUUGGUCUCCAGGUCCGGGCUGUACAGCUCAUUCUCGCAGCUAGCGGAAGCUGCCAUGGUGGCAACUAUAAGCGGCCGAGCAUACUCGCAUUCCAACACGUCCUCCAUGGAACAGCUCUAUGGCAAUACGAAGAGUUUCUGGGAGCGACACGAUUGGAUCGAUGGCCUCUUGAUGGCACGGAUGGCCAACUUGAGCCAGAGCUAUUCCUCAUCCUCACUUUACGCAGAUCCGCUCCUUCUACAAGCCCAUGUAUCUCUUCAGACGGGAGUACUUUACAUGUACAAAAUCACAGAACCUCUCAUGAUGCAAGAGGAUUCCACCUUUCAGGUUCUUGAGUACCAGAAACGGGCGGCGGUGGCUGCACAUGAAAUUGCCCUUGUGGCCAGGGAUUAUGCCCAACUGGGCUUUUUCAAGUCAUGCAUCCUCAUGCCGAUAGCGAUUCACACGGCAGCCGAGUACUUAUCCCUACAACGACACUCGACCGUUUUCCUUCCUACCACGGACGAGGAACAGAAUCAGGAGCAAGAAACAAUAAAAGAAGACCUCGCCAGCUGUGUGGAGGCCUUGGCUAGAGUGUCUGAUGUGAACUACCUCGCGGCACACUACUCGACCAUGUUGAGCAGGAAUGACGACAUGUUA